AGCGCGGGGGCUCAAGCGUCUGAGAAAUCUGUGGCGUUCGACGGAGCCCCGAGAUGUCUGACAGUCAGGAGGCCUUGGGUGAAGCAACCCUUUGGGCAAUCAAUCGAUUUGCCAUGAAGACGGAGGAAGUUGCUCCAAAGCCGCCGCCGAAGGCAGAGUGGCGGCACAUGCCUUCUGUGGGAACCUGGGUGAUGCCCAGAAUGGCCCAGACGGCAACCAGCGCCGCCGCGAUCGCACCGAAGGGAGUGACACAGGUGAGGGGUGACGAGCGAGCGCCGGCUGCAGCUCCCAAGGUGCAGCUGAAACGCAGCCCGCGUCACACAGCUCCACCUGCAACUGCUCAGAAGCUCAAGGAAAAGGCAGAGAAGGCGCCUGAGAAGAAGGCGCAGGCCGCGAAGCCUUCCGGUCUGCGAGAUGUGAGGGGCAUUGCCGCGAGCUCGCCCACUUUGGGCGUCUCCUUGCCUCAGGUUCGGGCACCUGCGAAGUCUGCGCGUUCCGUGAGCAACCUCGCACGGCCAUCUGAGAAGGCAGAACCGGGCCUGAAAGCUUCGCGACCAGGUUCAUCAAGCCAAACUUUGCGUGCGAAUUUGGCGACGCGGGCAGCUCUAAGCACUGCCGACAUCGAGGCGCAGCAGAUCGAAGCGAAGCGCAAGCAGGCCAAGUUUUUGGCAGAGAAGAAUGCUCGGCAUAUGGCGAAGGCCAAGGAGCCCACAGGGAAAGAGGAGCGCAAGCCCCUGGCCGCCCGGUUGAUUGGUGCAAAGCCCAAAGCUGAGCCGAAGGGCCCCAGCCAAGGAGCUGAGCCCAGGAAGGCUCCCGGCGUCCCUUCUGCACCAACGCCAGCUCGGAACGUGCCCAGCGCGCCUGCGUCUAGGGAGACCAAGGACGUGAAGGCGAAAGCCAAGCCAGUGAUCUCCCCUCGCCUGUCUCAGUUGGCUCAGGAUGGGACAGCGGCCAAGAAGCCCCCGGCACGCGUGCUGGGUUCUGCCAAGCCCCAGAGCCGCCCUGGCUCUUCGUCUCUGAAGGCCACGCCUGCGGAAAAACCAGCUGCGGCCACACCGGCGGUGAAGUGAGAGCAAGAUGCAAGCUGAGUAACUUGACACAACUGCUGACAAGCAGCGGUGCUGAAAUUUACCUUUCAAAUUUGCAAUCGUGAAAUGACCAGAUCCCUAGGUCUGGUAGCAGUGUCCAGCCCCAUGU